AUGAUUUAUCUCCAAACUUUAUCACAGAGUCACAAGCAAUGGAUUACUAGUAUCUCGUGGAAACCGUUCCACCUUAACUACCCAUGUCGUCGGUUUGUUACUUCUAGCAAAGAUGGGGAUGCAAGGAUAUGGGACAUUGCACUAAGGAAAUCUUGGCUAAAUAUUAGGCUUUUUACAAACCGCAGUUGGUCCCCGGACAGUAGGAUGCUUUUAAGUGGUAGUAAAGACUCUACUCUUAAGGUGUGGGAUAUUGGACAGAGAAGGUCAAAGCAAAAUCUUCCUGGUCAUGAAGAUGAGGUUUAUGCAGUGGACUGGAGUCCAGAUGGUGAGAGAGUAGUCUCUGGUGGUAAAGAUAAAUGUCUGAAGCUAUGGAUGAGUUGA